AUCUUGAGGGGAAAAAAUUGGAGAUUUUGAGGUGAAAAGUGCAGAUUUUGGGAUGGGGGGCAGAUUUUGUGAUGUGGGAGGAAAUCCUGAGGUAAAAAGUGGAGAUUUUGAGAUAAAAAAAGCAGAUUUUGGGGUGGAAAAGGCGGAUUUUGGGGUCAGAGGGCAACCCUAAAGGAAAAAAGUGCAGUUUUAGAGGUGAAAAGUGCAGAUUUAGAGGUGAAAAUGGCAAAUUCUGGGAUGGGGGACAGAUUUUGUCAUGUGGGAGGAAAUCCUGAGGUAAAAAGUGGAGAUUUUGAGGUAAAAAUACAGAUUUUAAGAUAAAAAAGUGGAUUUUGGGGUGGAAAUAGCUGAUUUUGGGGAUUGGGAAGAAAUCUUGAGGGGAAAAAAUUGGAGAUUUUGAGGUGAAAAGUGCAGAUUUUGGGAUGGGGGGGCAGAUUUUGUGAUGUGGGAGGAAAUCCUGAGGUAAAAAGUGCAGAUUUUGAGGCAAAAAAGCAGAUUUUGGGGUGAAAAAGGCAGAUUUUGGGGUGUAGGAGGAAAUUGUGAAGUAAAAAAGUGCAGAUUUGGAGGUGAAAAGUGCAAAUUUUGAGGUGAAAAGUGCAGAUUUGGGGAUCUGGGGCAGAUGUUGGGGAUUGGGAGAAAAUUCUGAGGGAAAGGGAGCAGAUUUUGAGGUAAAAAUGCAGAUUUUUGAGGUUAAAAAAUGCAAAUUUGGGCUGUUGGAAGGAAAUCCUGAGGGGGAAGGAGCAGAUUUUGAGCUCCCGGACACUCCCGGACACUCCCGGACACUCCCGGACACCGCCGGACACUCCCGAACACCGCCGGACACUCCCGGACACCGCCGGACACUCCCGGACACUCCCGAACACCGCCGGACACUCCCGGACACUCGUGCCACCGCCAGGAUGUCACCCCCCGUGCCCGCGCUGACCCCCGAGCAGAAGAAGGAGCUGGCGGCCAUCGCCCAGCGCAUCGUGGCGCCCGGCAAGGGCAUCCUGGCUGCCGACGAGUCCACUGGCAGCAUCGCCAAGCGGCUGAGCUCGGUGGGCGCCGAGAACACGGAGGAGAACCGGCGCUGGUACCGGCAGCUGCUGUUCACGGCCGACAAGCGCGUGGAGCCGUGCAUCGGCGGCGUCAUCCUCUUCCACGAGACCAUGUACCAGAAGGCCGACGACGGGCGCCCCUUCCCGCAGGUCAUCCGCGACAAGGGCGCCCUGGUGGGCAUCAAGGUGGACAAGGGCGUGGUGCCCCUGGCUGGCACCAACGGCGAGACUACGACCCAGGGGCUGGACGGGCUGAUGGAGCGCUGUGCCCAGUACAAGAAGGACGGCGCUGACUUUGCCAAGUGGCGCUGCGUGCUGAAGAUCACGCCGCACACGCCCACGCGCCUCGCCGUCAUGGAGAACGCCAACGUCCUGGCGCGCUACGCCAGCAUCUGCCAGCAGAACGGCAUUGUCCCCAUCGUGGAGCCCGAGAUCCUCCCGGACGGUGACCACGACCUCAAGACGUGCCAGUACGUCACCGAGAAGGUGCUGGCCGCGGUGUACAAGGCGCUCAGUGACCACCACGUGUACCUGGAGGGGACACUGCUGAAGCCCAACAUGGUGACAGGGGGACACGCCUGUGCCACCAAGUACAGCCCCGAGGAGAUCGCCAUGGCAACGGUGACCGCGCUGCGCAGGACAGUGCCACCCGCCGUGCCAGGACAGUGCCACCCGCCGUGCCAGGUCAGUGUCAUUGUCACCUGUGUGUCACUGUCACUGUGUGCCAUGGCAGGACAGUGCCACCCGCCGUGCCAGGUCAGUGUCAUUGUCACCUGUGUGUCACUGUGUGUCACUGUGUGCCAUGGCAGGACAGUGCCACCCGCCGUGCCAGGUCAGUGUCAUUGUCACCUGUGUGUCACUGUGUCACUGUGUGCCAUGGCAGGACAGUGCCACCCGCCGUGCCAGGUCAGUGUCAUUGUCACCUGUGUGUCACUGUGUGUCACUGUGUGCCAUGGCAACGGUGACCGCGCUGCGCAGGACAGUGCCACCCGCCGUGCCAGGACAGUGCCACCCGCCGUGCCAGGUCAGUGUCACUGUCACCUGUGUGUCACUGUCACUGUGUGCCAUGGCAACGGUGACCGCGCUGCGCAGGACAGUGCCACCCGCCGUGCCAGGGAUCACGUUCCUGUCGGGGGGUCAGAGUGGGGAGGAGCCUCCCUGAACCUGAACGCCACCAACCGCUGUCCCCUGUGUCCCCAAUGUCCCUGUGCCAUUCCCGUGUCCCUGAGCCACCUGAGCUGUGUGUGGGCUCUCUGGCUGUCCCCUGACUGAUGUCCCCUUGGUGUCC